AUGAGCGGGCGAAAGGACCUGGCGCGGAUGCAGGCCGAGCUCGAUAAGAUCGUACGAGCCGGGAGCACGCGACCGCCCCGUCAGAAGGCCGCGGAGCCUCGUCUCGCGGAGCUUCCCCUCGACCUGCUUCGGUCCCGACUAGGCGCUCUUCACGCGGAGCUCGCGGCGCUAAGCGCGCUCAAACCGCAAACCAGCAACCACGGCGUCGACGAGCCGAGCGAGAGCUCGGACGUCCCACGCACGGCGGUGGAUUCCCAACCACCCGAAGUCAACGAAGAAGACGUCAAGGGAGGGGGCGCUGCCGCGGACGACACCGGCGCGGCGCACGGCGGCUACGUCGUCGACCUGACGGUCGCGGACUCGCGCCGCAACGGCGGCGCAGGCCCGGCCAACAGCGCCCGCGCCGCCCACCCGCCCCGGCGCCACAAGACAGGGCCCGGGACGGGCGUGCGCCGCACGGUGCACCGCCUCGCGCGGGCGGCGCUGUGGCCCGCGUUCGUGCCCGCCGCGCUCCGCGAGCAGGAAACGCUGGAACUCCCCCCCAUGUACGUGGCCGCUGUCGGGUCCGACGCAGACCUCCACGCGAAGCUGUGUCUGACGGCGUACCAGUGCACGCACGCCGACGUCGCGCUGGCGCUGCUCGGCAGCGGGGAGUUCCAGCGCGGCGGGGACGCCGGGACGCCGGGGAGGGGGGGGAGUGAUUACGACGUUGCGCUGCGGGCGAUGAAGGACGCGGAGGUGCUCGCCGGCGACGGCGACGAGCACAGGGAGCUGCUGCGCACGAAAGCCCUGGCAGUGCACGACGUUCGCCGGAGGCUGGAAGCCGGCAUGCGCGAAGCAGCUCUGGACUUCGAGGUCGCGGUCACCGACGCAGCGACCCACGGCGCCAUGCGUCGCGCCUUUGUACGCCGGUCGCCCACGGCGCAGUCCAAGCUGUCCCCGUCCCCGGGCCUGGAGCACCUCGUGACGUUCGAGCGCCUCGUCCUCGGCGACGACGGCCGCGCGCUGCGCCUGGGCCCCGGAUCGCUGCUGCGGUGCCUUGCGGGGGGCCUCGUGUCGAGGACGACCCGGCCUGAGCUGCUGGUGAUGCCCGGGGGCGCGGAGCUGCGCGUGACGCCGGCGCUGCUCGCGGGCCUGCUCGUCGAGGCAGAGGACAUGUGCACGCCCGCGAACGCGAGCUUCAAUCUGGACACGAGGGGCGUCCGCGUGCGGCGCACGCGUGCGCUGUUCGACACCUACGUGCGCCCGCUGACGCAGCUCCCGGAUGGCGGCGGCGUGCUGCUGCCGCAGGCGCACGUGGAGGCGUGGCUGCAGGGCCUGGGGUGGCUGCCGAUGGCGUUUCGCGUUCCAAUCGAGCUUUUCCCUCACUGUCUGUUUCCACCGAACGUCCGAUUGCCAGUGCCAAGCAGCGUGAAGGAUACGCGGGGCGCCGGCGACGCGCGCGCGGCGCGCAGCGACGACGACGUCGACAGCGGGGACGAGUCGUCGGGAGCGUCGUGGUCGUCGGCGCCGUCGUUGGCGCUCUCGCGGCACGCAGCACCACUACAAGCGGAAAGUGCCGUCGACGAGGCGAAGCUGUUCUUGCUUACGUACAGCGCGACGCGUGCGGACGUCAUUCUCGCGCUGGUGGCCAGCGGCGCGCUGCCGGGGCUCAGAAAGAAGUACAAAGAGUCGGACCCAACAACGGGCCGCCCCGCGUUCCUCCGGGUCCAGGGUAACGCGAAGGGGGGCUCCCUCUACCCGCACCCCAAGGCCGCGAAGCGCGGCCUGGUGACCUUCGAGCGGCUCGUGCUGCGGCCCGGGGGGGGUCUGCAGCUCGGCGAGGGGUCUCUGAUGCACUGUCUGACAGCGGCGUGCCUCCGCGGACACCCCCAGCGCGCCCUGCUCUUAACCGACGGCGGACGAAGGUUCCGGUACACUCCCGCGCUGCUCGCGGGUCUCCUCGUCGAGGCAGAGGACAUGUGCGCGCCCGUAGAGCACAAGCAAGCCUUCGAGAUCGUCGGCCGCCGGACGCUGCGCAUGCGGCACAUGUUCGACGCGUACGUGCGGCCCCUCACGCAGCUGUCGGACGGCGGCGGCGUGCUGCUGUCGCGCGUUCGCGUCGAGACGUUGCUGCCAGGCGUGCCGUGGCUCCCGGUGGCGUUCCGCGUGGCCGAAGCGGACCUGCCGCGGUGCUUCCGGCGCGUCGUGCAUGCUGACGCCAAGCCCUCGAAGCGCGGGCGCGAAGCGGACGGCGCCGGCGGCUCGAAGCGGAGGCGCGCGUGA